GUCGGGCAACAGAGUUCUUGUCACAGCUCCUUCUGUGUCGUCGCAAAGAGAUAGUAGUUACAUCCCACUUGGAGGUUAUUGCAUUAUUUCAAGGACGCACUCCGUUCUCCGCAAGGAAUCGAGGAAGCUGCUGACUGUGCCUUCAAAUUUGCCGGACAUCGUGGCGUGAAACAAGUUUACCAUGAGGUCGCAAAAAACGACAAUACUCACAAUAAUGAUUUGCCUGAUAUUGAUUACCAUUCAGUUAUUCAAAAAUCAGCGAGAAAAGCAAAUAAGAGUGAUGCAGCCGAUGCUACCCCCUGUGCCUUUGAGAAACCAAGAAGGACCAAGGAGGUGGUGUGUUCCUCAGAAUUCAGUGUAUUUCCUCAAGAUCCCGAAAUGCGCGUCCACUACUAGUUUCCAGAUUUUCGUUGCGUACGGAGUCAAGCACGGCCUGACCUUCGCCCUACCGCCAAUAUUGAGGUCUCUGAGGCCAGCAUAUCAUGGUUCUCCCGAUGGUCGCUACAACAUGGUCGUAUCCCACACGCUGUUCGAUAAGGAGAGAGCACAAAGGGUAAUGAAAGAAUCAGCCAAAUAUGUCGCAGCUAUACGGGAGCCAGCAUCUCGCUUCGAGUCCAUGUGGUAUUUUGGAAGCUAUGAAAAGAGAUUUGGCAUGACUCUUUCUGCUUUUGCAAAAGCGUCACAUUACACAUCAACUCAGAAGAGUAAUCUAAACACAAUCGCUACAUUUUUCGGGGUCAGAGAUCCCAGCGAUCGUGCAACAGAAAGUGAGAUGUAUAGCAAAGCAAAAGGGCUGAAUCAGAUCUUUGACUUGGUGAUGAUAGUUGAAAGGUUCGACGAGUCCUUGGUCCUCCUCAAGCACCUCAUGUGCUGGGACACUGAAGACGUGGCUUAUGUCAAAGCUAAGAUUCGGAGUCCGUCUUAUAGGCCUAAGGUCUCGGAGGCGGAGAAACACAGGCUUCGGGAACUGAACAGACAGGAUGUCAUUCUGUACAAGUUCUUCAGCGAAGUCUUUGAGGAAAAAGUGAAAGCCUUUGGGAAGGAAAGGAUGCAGAGGGAAGUCAAGGACCUUCGCCAAGCAAAUGCUCGAUUUCUGGAGGACUGCGGAGCUGAACUCACUGGAUCAUCCAACACUGUGAAAACUUGGCGAGUAACAAGCAACUCGAGUAUUUGUAAGAUGAUUUCAUUGAAGGGGGCUGAUAUUAUAAAACAACUUAUAAGGAGACAGAAGAUAUGGGUCUCUAGUAACUUAACCUAUGACCUAUUAUCAUGGACUUUUACUUGAGUGAAAGGACAAACGGUAUUUGAAAUAUACUUAUUAGGAAAGAUGGUAAUCUAAAGAAAAAUAAACCUGUACUUAAGGCAUAUAUUCACCUUAAGUUCCUUUAAUUAUCUUACCUAGUUAUACAUUUCACCGCUAAUAUGAAUGUCUGGGAAUGCUUAACGGCUAAUCCAGGAUAUAUGCUCAAACAAUUACACUAUUUAUUUCACAAUCAAAAACUCAAUACCUCUUCAAUCUGUGCCCUGACUUAUUUCAUUUCACAUGUAGUGCAUGGACCUGUGUGUUCGAAUGCAAUUUUGAGGCAACAUAAAAAAAGAGUUAGAUAACCAAUCUCAUAACGAACUCAUUUAGCAGCCAGCCAAGAACAAUUGUUUGCUCGUUAUACAUUUGUACAAGGUUUGUCCUAAACCUAUUUUAUGAGCGUGUUAUUAUUAUUGUACAAGUUAGGUGAAUGUUAUGACUUAUGGCAAUCAGCUUUACACACUAUAAUCUUUUUAUUUUAAUUAUAAAUAGACGUUUAUAUUUAGGGCGACCGACAUUUACAUUUCAUUAUUAAUAAUCAUAGGUUAUAGAUACUCUUACUAAAAAAAAUGUGUUUAAGAUUUCCA